UCGCAUACUGUGCUGCAUUGACAGAUGAAUUUGACUGAACAGUACAUUUAAUAAAAACAAACAUCGAAAAGCACCGAUAGAAGACAAUAAGUAUUUAGAGGAGUUUGUAGUGUAGCUCAACCAGAGUAAAUGCCGCCAUUGAACCUCAAAACCCACCCACCGGGUAACAAUAGAUCUGUAAACAAUUGGUCCAAAAUAAAGAGUUUUUUCAAGCAGUAUGCUAACUUGGAGUAUGCAAAGUACUUGAUACUGGACCCGGCCGCGUUGCCUUUGGUCUCAGUUUUUAUUUUGUUAGCAGAAUUGAUCAUAAACAUCAAUGUAAUUUGGAAAGUGCCUUACACUGAGAUAGACUGGAUCGCCUACAUGCAGGAAUGCGAAGGAUUUCUGAAUGGAACUUUGGAUUAUGGACAGCUGAAAGGUGAUACCGGCCCACUUGUAUAUCCUGCAGCAUUUGUCUACAUAUAUUCGGCAUUGUACUAUAUAACUUCUCAUGGACAAAAUAUUCGCUUAGCACAAUAUAUAUUUGCAUUUAUAUACCUUUUGCAAUUAUGGCUUGUAUUGCGUCUGUAUACGAAAAGCCGCAAAGUUCCGCCAUAUGUGUUAUUGAUAAGUACAUUCACGUCAUACCGCAUACACUCUAUAUAUGUUCUUCGCCUCUUCAAUGAUCCCAUAGCUAUAUUAUUUCUAUACGCAUCACUAAACUUGUUCUUAGAUCGGAGAUGGUCUCUUGGUAGUAUAUGCUUUAGUAUAGCAGUAGGGGUAAAGAUGAACAUUUUACUUUUUGCUCCGGCAUUGUUGCUUUUUUACAUAAUGAAUUUAGGUUACCUGAAAACAGUUCUGCAAUUAGCAAUUUGUGGUGGUUUACAACUACUGCUAGGAGCCCCCUUCCUACUAACAUAUCCUAAUGCAUACAUAAACGGAAGUUUUGACUUUGGGCGCGUUUUUGAUCACAAAUGGACAGUGAAUUAUAGAUUCCUGACACGCACAUUGUUCGAAAAUCAAGCCUUCCAUGGAUUUCUAAUCGUGAUACACAUGUUACUUAUAGUUCUAUUUGGUAAAGCCACGGUGGUAUACUUUAAAAGUUACGUGCGUCUACGAACCUUGCAAGAUCAAUUACAACCUCAAAUUGAUCGGAAAAAUAUGGAAUUGGAAAAAAAUCGUACUAAUGAAGCUAAGAGCCGCAAAAAAAACAAAAAACUUGCAGCAAAGGAAAACGAAGAGGAAUUAACACCUGAUCAACAAAAGUUUCUAAAGUCAUUUGAAAAAGGUCUCCAAAAAAGUACUGGAUUAAAACCAACAGCCCAGCCCCCACAUCCAAUUCAAAAAGAGGAACAAAAGGUAUCGAUACAUUUUGAAAAAUGUACACAGCUGGCCAUUUUACCUUUCUUCCUAUAUAACUUUAUUGGAAUGUUUUGUGCACGUUCCUUGCACUAUCAAUUCUACGUCUGGUAUUAUCAUUCAUUGCCCCAUCUCAUAUGGUCAACAAAUUACAGUUUGGGUAUACGAUUUCUUUUACUCGGUUUGAUUGAACUGUGUUGGAAUACAUAUCCAAGUACGGAUUUCUCCAGCAGCCUAUUACACAUCUGUCACAUUGUAUUACUUCUCGGUGUGGGCAGCAAUUUCCUCUUGGUGUCUAGACAAAAUGCAGUAAUACGAUCACUAGCAGACCAACAAAUUAAGGUUAAAGACAAAUAAAUUGAAUGUCUUCGUUAAAAGACUACAUAUGUACAAGUGAAAAAAGUCAUUGUAAUAAACCGAAGUGCAAUCUAUUCA